AUGCAACAAUCCCACGCCGGACAAUACGGACAAUCAGAAGACUCUGACAGGUUGGAUCAGCAGGUCUACCUAUCAGAAGUGGAGUGGGACUGUGUAUCUUCUGAUCCUGGCUCUGAAGUUGAUCCGGUGGCAAGUCCCCCUGAUAGCUUAGAUGAAGAGAGUGAUCAUCCAAAUGAGGAUAACGACUCACAGCUGCAAUCAACAAACAGAGACUCUAUCGAGUUCGACGGAUUAGGACAGAGGAAAGCGGGAGUUGGAGGCAGUGCUGCAACAGUAUAUAGUACAAUCAGCAAAGUACCAACUUUGCUGAUUCUUCAAUAUCAUUCUUUGGCUACAUCGAUUGCAGAGGAGACACGAUCCAUUAGCACCAGAGCCCCUAGAUUUCCACGAGACCUCCAUCGAGUUCGACCCAACCUGCGACCUAGUCGUCGUGUUUCCAGUACCGUUACAAUGCGACUUGGCCAAGAAUAUGUGCUAGCCACAUCAUUGGGGAGCCGGACAGUAGAAGAAAACACAUGUCCCAUAGCAGACUACAGGCAAUGCCUGUCAACUAUUGAAUCUGUGGACCCCCGCUGGCCCUUUACCAAAGAUGUAGAGGCAAAAUCAAUGCCAGGGCUCAAAACUAGAGUCCUACGGACAAGCUUCAGCUCAAGUAGAAGUCCUAUGAGCUGUGUCUUGAUAGCUAUCCAGUCAGAGUUAAAGGUACUCUCAAAAGUGUGCCAUGCUUUUGAGACAGCCAGGAUACUCAAUGAAAAGAGAGCAGGUAUGGCACGGUCCUUGAAAUCUUAUACCUUAUACUUGGGAUCCCUGCUUGAGGACCUAGAACCAGGCUUUGUGGCCGAGUACCAGGCAGCAUUGUCUUGGAAGUUGCUACAGCAUCUCAAGCUGGAUCCAUACAUGACCUGGCAAGAACCCAACACAAAAUGCAGUGACCUGGAAAUUUGCAAACAACACCCCAGACUGCUUGGUACUCUCCAAGCACUCCAUACAGUAGCAACUGUGUUGAACACUCAUAUUGGCUCACAGAUGAAAAUGGAUCUAGAGACCUACAGGACAAAGAUCCACACCUUUGAAGAGCUGUCAAGAUACUUCUCUGCGGUGGGCGGUGAUGUCUCUCAAGAUGGUGCCAGUGGUGUGAGUGAAAGACCAUUGAGUCUAGAUUUGAAGAGGCUGGCUCUUCCUGGGAAAGCAGCUUUUGUGAAAGGGGGACUUAAAACCUUGGAACGAUUUUGGAAAGAAUUGGAUGAUGGUGAUCUGUGUUGCGCAACACCAUGUUCAGUGGAAGCAAUUUUAGCGACACUACUCAGAACCGGGGACAACGAGCAUGACAUCCCAAUCUCCCCUGAUGGUGACACAUCAGGAGAUCAAGCUCCCCAUUCUUCUGAUAUGAGGUCCUGA